AUGGCCAGCUACGAUCCCUACCCACGGGAUCCUCCCCGCCGACAGGUUCGAGAGGACCGACGAGACGACAGAGACCCGCGCUAUCUCGACGCUCGUGACUAUGCGCGGCCGCUUCACUCCAGGGAUCUGGUUCCUCGCACCCGAGAAGACAGCGACCUCUCUGUUGAAGAGAUUCGCCGUGACUUCCCCCCGCCAACUGGGAGGAACAUUCGUAGAGCCCGCUCCGCCGACCAUGAGCGCUACUACCGGGAGAGCUACGACUACCGCCACGAUCCCCGCUACGAGCCAUCUCUCGGCCAUCGUCAUGACCGAGGCUCGCGCCGCGCCGGGCCCUACUAUUACGAAGAAGACGAGAGGCGGCACAAGCGCAAGAGCAUGACAAAGCAGGACAAAAUCUUCGCUGCCGUGGCCGGGGCCGCCCUUCUCGCCGGCGGCAAGGAAAUCUACGAUCGGUACGAAGCAAAGCAGGACGGCGUAGAGGUGCAGCGCAACCCCCUCUCCUCUGUUGCCUUGGCCGGAUUCGGCGCCCUGGCCGGGUACCAGGGUGCCGAGUUCUACAGCAAGCAACAGGCCAAGAAGGACCAGACAGCUCACUACAUCCUCCACCGUGGUCGCGACGAGCCCCUGAGCGACUACCACCACUACUCCGACAACGACGACUACGACGACGACGACGACGACCCCAGGAACAAGAGGGGCCACAGGAACUUUUUGGAGAACGCGCUGGCGGCCACGGGCUUGGGGGCCGCCGUCAAAACGCUCACGGCCGGCGGGGGCGGCCACCGCGACAGGCCCUCCGACGACGUUCGAAGCCGCGGCGGAAGCCCCGCCAGAUCCCGCGCCGGCUCCACCCACUCCCGCUCCGCGGGCGCGGCAGCCAACAAGAUCCAAAAGGCCGCCAUGGCGUCGCUCCUCGCCGGCGCCACCGAGGCUUUCCGCGUGGCCAAGGAGCCCGGCGGUUGGAAGGGCGAGAAGGCGAAGCGCAUCCUCACCGCGGCCGUCGGCGCAGCAACCGUCGACGCCGCCCAAGGCGAAAACCACGGCAAACUGGGCCUGGCCGAGUCGGUCAUUGGUGGCCUGGUCGGAAACCGGCUCAUCAACGGCUCCAAGAGGGACAUUGAGGAGGACAGGGCGACUGGCCGGAGCCGAUCCCGCUCCCGGGCUCGCUCGCACGCUGGCGGCGGCGGCGGCGGCGGCGGCGGCGGCUCCGGUCUCGCCACCUUGGCCACGGCCGGCCUGGGCGCCCUGGGCGCCAAAGCCGCUCUCGACCGCCGACCGCGCUCCCGAAGCCGUGCCAGCAGCGGGAGCCGAAGCUACGACUCCAGGGACGAGUACCCGGACAGACGCAGACGCAGCCGCAGCGUUGUCGACAAGGCUCGCAGCGGCCUGGCCAAGCUCGGCAUCGGCGGCACCGGCGGCACCGACGGCACCGUUGCUGCCGCCAACGACCACCGGCGCCGUGACCAAGACGACUUUGACGACCGCGCGUCUCCCCGUCCAUCUCCAAGAUACUCUGACGACUACGACGAAGACCCUCGUUACGCCGGGGGCUCCCGCGCCCGAGCAGCCGACUAUGAGUACGAGCGCUCGAACCGCGGGGAUGGCCGCCGAGAUUCGCCGCGCCGGCGAGGCGGCAGCAGCCGUGGCUACGGCUCCGAGUCCGACCUCGGCGAUUCGGAAGAGGAAAAAAGGAAGGCGAGGAAGAUGAAAGGUAAGCAAAUCGUCACCGCGGGUCUUGCCACCGUCGCGACCAUACACGCAGCACAUGGCAUCUACCAAAGCAUGGAGAAGAGGAACGCGCGCCAGAGGGCCGUCAGGCAAGGACGCCUCAGCGCUGCCGAGGCGAAGAAGCUCAAGACCACGGCCAUGAUAAAAGACGCGGCUUCCGUCGGCAUCGCCGCCCUGGGUAUCAAGGGCGCCCUGGAGGAGAUGAAGGAAGUCAAGGAGACGACGCAUGAGUGCCAUGUCUUUCAGGAAGAAAGAGCCAAGCGCCACGAGAAACGAGAGCAACGACGCCGGAAAUCCCAGCAGCCCGGUGGCGGGCAACACCAGAGGUCGAGCAGCUGGGCGCCGUCUCGCCAUCGUGACGGUGGUGACCAUGACGGAGUCCACUACGGGCCCUGGUACCGCGAUGACAACCCGUACGGCUGUAGUAACCUCCCAGCUCCCCCCAUGGGUCAUGACCGAUGA